AUGAGUACUUGUUCUUCUAAUUGGAGUAAUUCCCAAGGAAGCCAUACAAAAGGCGACUUACUCCAGAUCCAAGAAAUGAAAUUACAAAAUGAGCACCUUCAAGCACGCAUUGAACAGUUACAAAAUUCGCUUGACACAACAAAUUCUCAACUUCGUCAAGCACUUGAAACCGCAUCAACAGUCAAUCCACUUCACGAAGAGAAUAUAGCUCUGAAAUUACAAUUACGUGAAGCGACAGACAACUAUACAAAAACGAAAAAUAGUUUUAUUUGCCAAUUAGCCGAAUUGAAUCAGAAACUUGAUGAUGAGAAGUCAAAGAAUGCAAAGGCAGUGGAAGAACAAGCAAAAGAAAUCACUAAACUUAAAAAUUAUUCAAAUAAAACGCAAAAAGAGAGAGAUUUAGUAACAGAUGAGUUAAUCACAUAUAAGGAACAACUUGCUGAUGCUACAACUAAAGUUCAAAAGCUUGUAAAGCAUAAAGCUAAAGCCAGAUCAAUGAUUGACAUGUUAUCAAACAAAAUCGACCAAUUAGAAUCAGUUACAAACGAACUUUCUACAGAAAACGAUAAACUCACCGCAGCCAAGCGUUCUCUCGAAACAGAAAAUGCUCAAUUAAAAGAUCAAAUUGAAAACCUCAAACAAAGCGAUAAACAUAAUACAGAUACAUUGCAUUAUGCUCAAACUGAGAACAAGAACCUCUGUUCAGCUAUUGAAAGCCUUCAAGAACAAUUCGAAAUCCAAAAAGAUGACUUUACAUCAAUUGCUGAAGAACGCGAUAGUCUUCUUCAAAUAAUAAAGAAACUCCAUUCAGCUAUCUGCUAUUAUGAAAAUGAACUUGAUUCAUUGAAGCAACAAAACGCAUUAUUACAAGAUAAAUCAAAGAAAGCAGCUGUUAAGCCACAACUCUUUUCAGAUCAAUUCGAUAUUACUCAGAUUACAUUCCCAUUCGAUGACGAUCUCAAGAAACAGAUCAAUACAAUUAUUGGUUUUGAUCAUUUCCAGCCAAUGCAAAAGCUUCAGUUAAUCAUCAAUGAAAUAACCAAAUCAUUAAAUAACCUCCAGCAGAAAGCCAAAGAAUCAACACAAAACGCAGAAACUUUUGAAAAUGAUAAUAAAAUCUUGAAAGAAAACUACAACAAGUCAAAUAUUCUCUUAUCAACAUUAGCUAGAGAAUGGAAGAACCUCGAAUGCAACGAAGAAAAGAUCGAUGCUAUUGAAUUUUGCGAAAAUGAUAAGAAUUUCUUAGAAUUUUUGGCUGAAGAGAUUCCAAAGAUCAAAGAACUUCCAGAAGAUGCACAGAAUCUCUUGGCGGAAGAAUCGGCCAACUUAAGGCACGAAAUUCUUGAAAAUCUCUCAAAGAAAGAUAAAGUUUAUGCAAACUUAGUUUCUGUUGUCUUUUUAGAUAACCAGAGGCUCAGAAAGCAACUUGAAAAGGUUCUUGCAUCAUGCAACAAGAAGGAACAACUCAUGCAGACCCUUGAAUCCGUUGGUGUCGAAGAUGUUUACGAUUUACCCGAAAUCAUCAAAGAAUUACAAAGUCAAAUCGACCAUCUCAAGGACACAAGAAGAGAAUUACAUGUUGCAUUGGUUGAAGCAAGGAAUGCACUCAAGGAAAGAGUCACAAAUGAUGAACAAAUGCAAAAUCAACUGAAUGAAAACAAACAAAAACUUUCUGAGUUAUAUGCUGAAAACCAACGUCUCAAAUGCGAAUUCGAGAGAUUACAUAACAACACAAGUAUUACAAUGCCAAUAAUUCCACAGACACCAACAACAAAACCUGUUCAAAUUGAACCUAAAUAUGUCAAAGAAGAAAAUGAUGAUGAUGAACUUAAACUGACAUUAAAGAACUUGCAUGACACAAUCAAGAGCAAGACAGAGGAAAUAGAGAAGCUUAAGAAGACACUUAAGGAGUUAACAGAAGAAGCAAACUUGGCUAAAGAUGAUUUCAAGAGACAUUUGAAGAGAAAAGAAAAUGAAAUCCAAAAUUUGGAAAUGUGUUUACAAAAAGUUACCGAAAACUUGCAAAAAUCAAAGAAGAAACUGAAAAUUGAGAAGCAGAAGAUCUAUAAUGAACAUCAGAAUGAAGUUAACCAGAUAGUCAUGAACUUCGAAAAGGCAAAACAAGAACUCAAUCAAAGUUUGACAGAAAACAAAGAAAAAGUUGAAAAAUUGAGUAGUGCCAAUUCUAAGAUUCAAAAUGAUUUGCAGGCAAAACAAGACGAAUCUAAGUCCCUCAAAGAUGAGAACAAUUCGUUGAUCACUAAGGUCCAAAACCUUGAAAACAAGUUGCAAUUAAUGAACGACCAAAUUGCAAAAGAACAAAAACAAAACCAAGCAAAUACAACAGUUAAACUCCUCAACCAAGAGAAUUUACAUCAAAAGGAAACAAAGGAGUUGAGAAUGAAGUACGAAUCAGAAAAGAAGAGAAUGAUGGACUUCAUUACUUCUCAUCUCGGAAGCCUUUACGGAAUUAUUGAUUUCGAUUAUGAUGAAAAUAGCAUUUCACAACUCUUUAUUAAGAUCCAGAAUGAUCUUAACAAACUUAAGUAUUUCCAAGACCAAGCAACUAAGCUUUAA